CCACCAGGAAAGAGCAGACACUUCGCGCCCCCUCAACGCAACACUUCGUAACAUGUGUUUGGAGGGGUACCGACUGUAGUUUCUUACUAUAUUGUAAUCAAUGUCUCAGUGAUAUAUGAACGCAAAAAACGGGAUUAUAUUGUCGGCUUCAAAACAACACUUGUUUGAUAUCUAAUUGAUCGUUGACUUUGUUUUGUUUUCUUGAUAUUAAUGAUUAUUCACCCUAGAAAAGCAUACUUGUGUUUGUAGUGCAGAUCAGAGGCUCAGAAUGGUUGACAAGCUCGUAAAAGCAUCGACAGAAAUUGACAAGAAUGAUAGGGUAAAUGAAAUUCGCGAAUGUAUUUUGUAUUCCAACAACGAGAACGAGUAUUUAGACGUCGUUGAUGAUGUUCCAUGUCCGGAGUUUCAAUUUCCGACUUUGGCAUGUUAUAUUUGCAAUGGAUACUAUGGACCCUGUUUUGAGGAGCCAGUCUGUGCCACUUGUCAUGCAUUUCUAUUCCCCGAUUGCAUCGGCGUUGCUGUUGCACCUAUAUUCAGUGAGAAAACAGAUGAUGAAGAUUCUGGAAACGAUGAGCCCACAGACCUCUUCUACAACGGCGAGCAUCGCUUAAGCCAGUCCCACAGACUUCGUUCCCCUCAGUUAUGUUCACCUCCUCUCAAUAAUGAUCCUCUCCCUCCAGAACCUCCCCAACGUCCAGCCCUAUCUUACAAUUGCCACAACCCUCCCGAAACCCCCUGGAACCUGACCAAUCAACCUUUUCAGUGGAACUGUCGAGGAUACUGCACUUCGGAGCCCACGAAUUCAGGCGAAACGUCGAGACCUAGAAAUCUGGUAGACAGAGUGGAUAUGUUGGCUAAUCAUCGGCAUAUAGAACAUGAACCCAUUAACGAGUCAGGUCUAGUGGCACAUCUGCCUCCAGAGGUUCUUCUUGCAGUGUUUUCUCAUCUGGACGAUGUGAGUUUAUGGUCAGCAGCGAACGUUUGUCGCAGAUGGUACGGGCUACUGCUCACCCAUGUGCCCCAUCAGCAGUGGCAGCAACAUGUUAAACUACGGUGGCCUUUGCACAAGGCCAUUGGACACGUGGAGAACUGGUACAAAGUUUAUGAUCGUCUGGCCUCAUCUGCACCCUGCAGAACGUGUUUGGCGCAGAUGUGUCUCAAGUCGAGGCCUGCUGGAAUUCAGGAUACUUCUUGGCGAAGAAAUCGACUGAGGAUGGAGCUGAAGAGUCUGCGGAUCGAUCCUCCUGAGGGCAUUGAAGCUACUCCUCUUGACAGUAUGCAUUGUCACUGGCAGGCAACUAUUACUGGCCCUAUUGGCAGCCCUUACGAGGGAGGACUUUUUUAUUUAUAUCUACAAGUACCCCAUAGUUAUCCAAUGUGUCCACCAGUGGUUCGUUUUCUCACGAAAAUUCUGCAUCCAAACGUUUCAAGACAUGGCGAUGUGGGCAUCGACUCCAUUCAUCAUAAUUGGUCACUCGCACUUACGAUUUCGAAAGUAUUAAUCAGUGUGCAGAGCUUAUUAACUGAUCCGUUUUGUCAGGUCUGCAUGGAGCCCGAGCUAGGUGACAUGUACACCAACGAUCGCGAGAGAUUCGAGGAGAUCGCCCGAUCCUGGACAUGGAAAUACGCUAUGCACGAUGUGGUUCCACCCUCCUAAACAACAACCGAAUCAGGAAGUAAAACAAAAUUGAAACGAAAAGAAGAGUGAUUGGAGGAGUCAGUCAACUGUGAAAUAGGGAAAAUUGAAGGAAUAGGAAGGCCAUUCGUCAUUAUCUGGCUCAUGGAUUUUCUCUAUUUUCUGCACUGAUGGCUGGAGUAGAGUGAGGGCCCGGCAUGGGGGGUCCAGCGCCGUCAUUUAUCCCCGGCUUGGCAGUAUUCCGGUUUCCCGGUGGCCUCAGCCGACUUUCGAAAUUAUACAGUCAUUGCUACGCUUAACCGACGCCCUCCGGGUAAUCAUCAAAUGGAAAUGUUCAUUUUUUUUUUCUUCAUCCUCCUUCUUUUAAAGCUAAGAGCAUUAGCGAAGACUUGUGUACAGACUUCAAACAUUAAAACG